AGCAAUCUGAACGCGCCCAUUUCCUUGUGAUGAUGAUGGUGGUGAUAAUGAAGCGCUGGACAGAUCCGGAGAGAAUAUCGGGAGCCUAGGGAUGACAUCCACACAGUCGUGUUGAAUGUGGAUGCCAGUGCUGCGGCGGAGGAUGGGCCCUCUCCUUUCGCCCGCUGUCGUGCUCGUGCUGGCCCUGAGCGCCGUGUCUCCGGCCACGGUGGGAAACCCAGAGGAUUACACCGCGGACGAGGCGGAGCGGACCGCCGGGGAGAACAUUGUCUUCGAUGACUACCGGGGGAAAGGGUGCGUGGACGACAGUGGCUUCGUGUACAAACUCGGGGAGCGCUUCUACCCUGGACACUCGAACUGUCCGUGCGUGUGCACGGAGGACGGGCCGGUGUGCGACCAGCCCGAGUGCCCCAAACUGCACCCAAAGUGCACCAAAGUGGAGCACAAUGGAUGCUGCCCCGAGUGCAAGGAGGUUAAAAACUUUUGCGAGUACCGGUCGAAGACCUAUAAAAUUCUGGAAGAAUUCAAGCCGUCACCCUGUGAAUGGUGCCGCUGCGAACCAAAUAAUGAGGUGCACUGUGUGGUGUCCGACUGCGCCGUCCCAGAGUGUGUCAACCCUGUGUACGAGCCGGAGCAAUGCUGCCCCAUCUGUAAAAACGGUCCAAAUUGCUUUGCUGGAACGACGAUCAUCCCAGCCGGAAUCGAAGUGAAGGUGGACGACUGCACCAUCUGCCGCUGCCACAACGGAGACUGGUGGAAGCCGGCGCAGUGCUUGCGGCGGGAGUGCCUCAACGGCCAGUCGUUGUCAUAGAGAGACUCCACCGGGAUGGUGGGAAAGCUCAGGCAAAGGCUCUGCCUACUGCGCCAUUUUGUAUGAUUGACAAGGCAGGAGCACAAUUCCUUAAAAAAAAAA